AUGGCGACUCAUCAGCUCUUGCAGACUAGGCAAAAGAAAAAGUCCUCUAAGGAGGCGGUGCUGUUGCCCAGCAGAGUCACGACUCGGGAGCAGUCCGUGGUGCUGCUGAAACGUCUCCUGGCCAUCGGCAUGUCCUGCAUCACCUACAUGAGGGGGCUCUUCCCCGAGAGCUCCUACGGAACACGCUAUUUAGAUGACGUCUGUCUAAAAAUCCUCCGAGAAGAUAAAUGCUGUCUGGGAGCGAAGCAGGUAGUCAAGUGGAUUCAAGGUUGUUUUGAUGCUUUGGAGAGGCAGUAUUUACACAUUGCUGUCCUCACAUUUUACACCGAUCCCAAGGAACCGGAGACGGUGACUGAACUCUAUCAAUUCAAGUUCAAGUACAAAAAGGAGGUGCCCCAGAUGGACAUCAUCAGCAACCAGGUGACCCUGGUGGACUGGGUGAGCAGUGAGGACCUGAAGCAGAGCAGCAGGUUCCUGAUCCGCAAGCUCUACCUGCUGCUGCAGAACCUGGGCCCCCUCCCCAACGACGUCACCCUCACCAUGAAACUCCGCUACUACAGUGACGUAACUCCUGAAGAUUAUCAGCCCCCUGGCUUUAAGGAAGAUGUCAGCCCUCGUGACCUGUUUUUUGAUGGUGAUCCUGUCAACCUGAGAGUAGGGUCAGUGUCCACUGGCUUCCACCUCAUGAAAAUGAGGGUGACAACUGAAAAGAAGAGAAUAGCAACAGCUGAGAGCAACAUGAUCCAGGAGAAUGGCCCUACUGAGAUCUCCCAUCGAGGGUUAGACUCUGAGGAAGAGGAACAGGAAGGAAGCACAAAGAAUCACCCUCUCCCUGUCCAGGCAGAUUCAAGUGAGCGUGGAGAGAACAAAAGUGACACCCAUCCACACUGGAAAAGGGAAUCCUCUUCUUUCCACCUUCAGGAUACAGGUAAAGGGCCAAAGACAGGAGUAAAGGGGAUGGGCAGGAUUCCUUGCUCUAGGGAAUCUCAGCAGAUAAGCCACCUGAACCUUGCCUUUAGCCAGGAAGAGGUAAUAGGACCCAAGAAGAAAAGGAAGGUCAGUGAACCAGAGAAGCUGUUUCUGGAAGGCAGGAAAUGA